AUGUUGCGAACACUGGAGCUGGGUCGCGCUGUGCUAGGGUCGGCAGCACCUCAUCUCGAGCUUUGGCUUACUACCUCCAUCACCUUGCUAAUACCACAGCCGAACACUACCUUGCAGCAAAUGGACACCGCUUCUCUUUUUCAUCUGCUGUCGUCCGGACACGUAUGGGCUGCGCGUGGCCACGACAUGCACCUCAUCUUCGAACCCACUUUAGGCGAAGAGCCCUUGGCCGCCAACCAUCUCCAGCGCCUAACCAUGUGUCUUCUACAGGCACCACUCUGGGAUCAACUGUUACUGGACCCUCAACCUUCCCAUUCCACCGUUGCCCCUCCUGGGACCAUUCGACUAAGCUUGGGUCAGAUGAGCUAUGAAGAAGCAAAUGCCGGACAGAAACGUCAACAGUCACCCAACCAACUCCCAGUGGCACAUGUCAGGCCGCCAGAGGGUGUCGCCACGGUCACUUUGGAGGCUAUCUGCGUAUCUAUGAGUGUGCUCGAACCUCGCCAGUCUACUCGUCCAACGGGCAAAAGAUCAAAAUUGCACGUUGAUAAGCUGAUGACUCGAAAUGAGGACCUGAAACGAAGGCGUCUGACAACAAGCUACAACCUGCAUCCGGCGACCCAAGAUCAUCACAUUACUCUGCCAGAAGGUAUUAAUGAAGCGUUGGCCAAUAGUGCCAAAGACGAGCCUGGCUUGCAGGAAACGAAAGGCAGUUGCAACGCUGCACUAAUCGAAGAUUUGAUCCAAGGUGCCAUGCGCAUUGUAAUCAGUGGAUCUCUGGGCAAAUGGGCCAACGGCUUAAAGGUCAAGGCGAAUACAAUACAUCAAAGCUUGUCAGAAAUAGCUCCCUUGCUAUGGCAACCGGGAUUCGCACAAGGACUUUCGCAAAGGUCACACUUGUCUCGGAUCAUCAGCCGUUCCAUGAUCGAAAUGAUAUGCAUGCGAAGUACACCAUCUUCGUCAUCCCUUUCAGCAAAGCUAGGCCUACUUACAGCAAACAUACAGACUGAGACUUCUCGAGCAAAGGAUCGUAUGAAUAUCGGUCCGAAAAGAGGGGACGACGGAUGUUCUGCCGCUCUCUCGGGCCAGAUAUGGAUCCAUAUGCUGAAGAUAUUGAGCAAUAGGCCAGUGACACCUCUACUACCGGGCAUCUGGUCAACUACACGGAGAAAGUAUCACUCGGCCGAUGACCAGAUCCUGCUACUUGACACACCUUCACUCCUAGCAGCUGAUUUGGCGCCAGUACUAGAAGAAUUGGGCCCAUACAGGUCUGGAGAUGCGUAUGAGCGGGCAUCGACGAAUGAGGGUAACCAAGACGAUCUUUUCGCAGCGGCUAAUGAUACUGCGAGGCUGAAGGUGAGGCUUGUCCGAGAGGUCGAGGAUGAUAUAGACAUGUCUGGCACCGAGGAGCAACAACGAGAAGGCGCCAAGGGUGGUCGAGCCCAUAGCCCUUCUGCUCGCCCUGCUCGCCUUGCACCACUCGCGACCCUCACUCCAACGUCAAGCUCGCGCACAUGGCAGAGUGCCCCCCACCCGUCGCUGCCCAUUGUAGCCACAGCGUGUUCGGACCGCAGCGUGCGCGUCUACAGCCUGACAUGCUUCACCCUCCUCCAUUCCAUCACCGGCGGCCAUAAGCGCAGCGUGCGCAGUGUAAGCUGGAAGCCAGGCACUCACGACCAGACCGUCCUGGCCACGGGUAGCUUCGACGCCAGCGCGGGCAUCUGGCGGCGCGAACAGGGCGGUGACGACGACGAGGAAGAAAAAGAAGGAGAGCGGGACGAGGCGGAUGACUACCAGUUCAGCUGUAUCCUCGACGGCCACGAGUCGGAGAUCAAGUGCCUGAGCUGGAGUCCAUCCGGUCAGUAUCUCGCCACGUGCUCGCGUGACAAGAGCGUGUGGAUAUGGGAAGAGCUCGAAGACGACAACUUUGAGACAGUGGCGGUGCUUCAGGAGCACGACGGCGACGUCAAGUGUGUGGCAUGGCAUCCUGACGAGGAUAUGUUGGUCAGCGCCAGUUACGAUGACACUGUGCGUCUCUAUCGCGAAGAUGCAGACGACUGGGUCCAAGUCGCCAUGAUCGACGGCCAUGACAAGACGGUCUGGUGGGCAGAGUUCGAGGGCAGUGCCAUGAGCAGAAAGGAUUAUCGCGCCCAACGAGAGGGGCUAUCCGAGGCACAGAAUCAACAUAUAGUUGCACUAGAGCGCUCAGGGCCGCGACUAGCAACAUGUUCCGACGACUGCACAGUACGCAUAUGGCGCAGGACGCCCAAGGACACCGAUAACACCACAAGUGCCAACACCGGCGUACCGAGCAUCAUCCGAUCAAUGGCCAUCGAUGAGGAUUGGUAUCAGGAAGCAAUACUCCCCCAGGUACACGAGCGUGCUGUUUAUUCAGUCUCGUGGAGUCGCAUCACAGGCAUGAUUGUCAGCGCAGGGAGCGAUGGCAAAAUCGUCGUAUACAAAGAGGGGUGGGCACGGCAGCAAACAUCAAGCGAUACCCAGAGCCCACUUAUGGGCCAUGACAGCUCUUUGGCAAAUCCUACAGAGUGGGUCGUGGUCGCCGAGCUGUUUUCUGCGCAUGAUGUCUUUGAAAUCAACCACGUUGCCUGGGCACGACGCGCGGACAAGGAUAAGAGGUGGAAAAAUGAAGAAGUCGUGCUGAGUACGGGUGAUGAUGGCGAGGUCCAGGUCUGGACUCUAGACAUGCUCGCCUCACCGCAAUCAUAG